AUGGAUGAAAAUCUCAAUACUUCCUUUACAAAUCUUUUGAAUUCUUCAAAUACGGAAGGAAAUACAUCUUCUCAAAAUACUCGCAUUCCUCCAAAUAUCCAAUAUCCUCAAUUUUUCUCUCAACCACAAUAUCCUCCAAAUUUUCAAAAUAUUUCAUAUGUUCCACAAUAUUCUCCAAAUUUUCCAAAUUCCCAAAGUUCUCAAAAAAUUUUUCAACCGUGGAAUCAAAGUAACACCGCCUCAGCUCCAUUUGGUAUGUAUCCAUCCCAAGACUGGUCAGCAAUGGGUAGCCAACUUGGGAUGUCUUAUCCUUACGGGGUUUCUCCUAAUCAACCACCUGUCAUACUUUCGAAUGAAUCUAGAAGGGCGACUAUUGAUCCAUCUAUCAGCGACAAAGAAUCUCUAACGCCAUCAUCUGUUCCAGCAACUCAGGUGCCACCACACUCAUCACAAGAAGAGCGUGAAAUUGAGCUGGAGGAAAAUGAAUCGAAAAGAAGAUUCUGGUCUCCCGAUGAAGAUGUGGUCCUUGCGAAGUCAUGGGCAACUAUAAGCACUAAUGCAAUCAUUGGUAAUGACCAGAAGGAUCAAGCUUUUUGGAAACGUAUUGGUGAUUACUACAAUAAACAUCGCCCCACUGGAUCUAUGAUGAGAAGUUAUCAGCGUCUGAAAUCACAUUAUUACAGGGUUCUCAAAGACUACGAGAAAUAUACUCCACAAUCAGUUGCUCAUUACUCUAACAAGAAGGCAAGGACAUCCGAGUCAGGAGGAAACACUUCAACAUCAAAUCCAGAUACAAGUGUUGAUUUAGAUGACUCUGAAGUCCGCAUUCGUCUGAUAGGGCAAAAGGCAGCGAAGAGGAAGGGCAAAUCUAAAGCUAGAGAGGGCGACACAAUGGAACAUAACAUCGACAAAGAAUGGCAAGAUAUUAAAGAAUAUCAAAUGCAAAAAAUGGCUCUGCGGGAAGCCGAGAUCUUUCAUAAGGAUUAUGAAAUUCUUAUGAAGGAUACCAGUGAGAUGACACCAGGAUAA